UGGCUUUGAAACAUUUGAAAGAAUGUUGAUUUGUGACAUUUGUGUUUGUCUAAAUUGAUACCAUAGAUAAUACACAUAAUAAUAUAAAGUUCGUCAAAUUAAUUUUCUAAAUUAAAUAAUUUGAAAUUUUAUUUAAUAAUGGCUACGACUGUAAACCAGAAAGCGUACUUGCAAAAAUACCUGGCUGGUCCAUCGGGCGAUAAAAAGAAAAAGAAAAAAAAAGUGCUAAAAGGAAAAGGGUUCAAAAUAAUAGACGAUGACAUUGACCUAUCGAAGCUACGACCCCUUGAGGGUGACGAGUUAGAUGUGUAUGAUGAAGGUGAUGACGCACCGCAAGUAGCAGGUAUCAUCGAUGAAAGACCAGAGCAUAUAAAAAAACAGGAACAAUUCACCACUAGUUCUAAAUGGAAGAUCGUGAAUCAGGAUGACGGAUUCAACAGCAAACUACAAAUUGAAGAGAUAAAGAAAGAUGUAAAGGAAACCGAGAAAGAAAACGAAUUGGUCUUUGGAAAAAUGUACAGUGAUUCCGAAGAUGAUAAGCCAAAUGUUUCAGAAGCUUCGCCGUCUGGAAGAGCUAAAAGCAAAAAAAAACACAACAGUGACAGCGACUUCAGCCCACCAAGAAGAGGGAAUCCAGUGAAAAGGAAUAAUUCUCCUAAAAGAACUACUGAAUAUGAUUCUGAUCUUUCACCACCUAGAAAGCAUGAGGGUCAGAGAGCUGAAAAACUUAAAAAACCAAGUCGUUGGGACAAUGAGAAGGAUAAGUCACCAAAGUCUUUAAGAGCUAAUAACCACAGAAGAUCUAAGAGCUCUGAUUUGUCUCCUCUAAGGAAAACCCAAAUGAAUAAGAUUUCUUCAGGACAAGAUAUGAAAAUUCAAAAAAGAUAUGAUGUGACAUCUCCCAGAAAAUCUAGAAAAGAUGAUUCAAAACGAAAUAGACUUAACUCAGUUUCACCUCCGAGGCGAAAAAAAUCCCCAGAGAAAUCUAAAUUUGGUCACGAUAACAGACAGAGCCAGUUAAAAAAGUAUAAUGAUACAGAUUAUGGUUCGAGGUAUGACAAAAGAUCUAACAGAUCAAAUUCAGAUUCUGAUAUGUCUCCCCCAAGAAAGAGUAAGAGACAAAUCUCAGAAUCUCCCUGUAGAAAUGUUCCACUAAGAAAAAAAACGAAUGAUAGUGAUUCAGAUUUAUCUCCUCCCCGUAAAAAUAUAAGAUAUGCAGAAAACAAGUCCUAUAGGAAUGUAAGCAAAAAACCUCACAGGAGGAAUGACACAAAAGACAGUGGUUCGGAUUUAUCACCACCGCGAAAGCUUAAGAAUAUAGAUAACUACAGAAGGCAUGACUCUGAACGUAAAAGAAAAGACAGAAGUUCAAAAAGAAAUAAUAGCGAUUCUGAUCUUUCUCCUCCUAGGAAAGAUAGGUCUAACAAGAAUGACAGUCCCCCUCCAACCCAUAAAAAAAUGGAGAAGACUUUGGAAGGAAAGAAAGCAGGAUUACAAGAUGCCAAGCAGCUGAGGCAAGAAAACGAUGACUUUAGAAAGAAAGAAGAGGAGAUGUUUAAGAAAAUGAAAGAUGAUGUUUCAGGCAGGAAUGCUCAAGUUGUGUCAAGGAAAGUGAAAAGAGACGAUUCUGAAGAAAGAAGAAAACAGAAGGAGAAAGCGGCGAGACAAAAAGAAAUGGACGAGAAAUAUAAAAGAUGGAGUAAAGGGUUGAAACAAUUGGAAGCUCAAGAGGAACGGCUUCAGGAUUUCAUGCAUGAGGCCUCAAAACCUCUGGCCCGACACCGGGACGAUGCAGACUCGGAGAACAGACUCAAGCAGAUAGAGAGGGCAGGAGAUCCGAUGCUCAAAUACAUACAGGACAGGAAGAGAGAGGAAGGAAAUUUACCACCAGAACGCCCAAAAUAUAAAGGUAAUUUCCCUCCGAACCGCUUCAACCUGAGACCCGGCUACCGGUGGGACGGCGUCGACAGAUCCAACGGCUACGAGAAGAAGUUCUUCGAACAACAGAGCAAGAGGCAAGCUCAAGAGGAGGAAGCUUAUAAGUGGAGUACCGAGGACUUGUAACGGCGAGGUGGUUACUAGCUAGUUAAAAGAAAAUAUAGUUCAAAGUAUAUUUCGACGCUUGAAAGGGAAACGUGACUAAGCGACAAUGCGUGAACUUUUCAGUAGACUAAUUUAAAGUUGAAAUACCUGAAAAAUAUUCUAUUUAAAAUGAUAAAAUGAAAUAAAUGUAAAAAUACAUUAAAUCAAUAAAAAAAACAUUACACACACUACCAUGUGUUUGACACACAACAUAUACAUAUAUCUCUAUACUCUUUGUUUGUUGUCAAUUGUCAAACUUUUGUUAUUGUUUAAAGUCUGUGAUCAAAUUGAAUCAAUAAUAGUGUAAAAAAAACUAACAAAAUACGCUUUUAUAGAAAAUCCAGCUAAAAAAUAGAAAAUAAAUUUGAAUUAGAAAUAGUGUAAGAAAAAAUUAUUUUAUUGUAAAAAAAAAAGCGUUUGGUCCUUUUUAGGAUAUUAUCAAAAUAACCCUUCUAUUCAUAUCUAUUCAUAAAAUAUUUAUAACCACUGAUACCAAGCACCCCAAGGUUUUUUUUAAAAUCAUUUUUUCUUACACUAUUUCUAAUUCAAAUUUAUGUUUACUUCAUUAAAAUAGCUGUAGAAGUUUUUUUGUCAUGUCAUUCAGAGUUUCUUUCAAAUAUUAAACUUGUAAUGGCUCUCCUGUGAAGUUGCUAAAAUAUCACUUGAAACUAAAUAGCUUUUCACCCGUCAAAAUGCUAUUUUGUAGUCCUCCGUCCAUUUCCGUCACAAAUCGUCAUGUGUUCAGAUUCUAAUGUUAGCAGCAGUCAUACAAUACCAAUGAGACUGGACUUCACGUCUCAAGGCAGGUGGUGGCAUUCUCAUUAUGUCCAUAAACUCCGGUAAUCACUUUACAUCAGUUGAGCCUUGAGCUCACCAACAAGAUGUUUAUAUUGUUACAAAUUAUUUGUUCAAUUAUGGAAUGUUAGUACAUACAUAAUGUAUAUUUUGUUUUUAUUGAUGUAAAUAUUGUAUUAAUGAUAUGAAUUAUAUUUUGGACUAA